UUAAAAAUCUCCUAUUCCGCUUCUCGUACCUUUAAAUAAUCUUAAUUACAUACAGUAAACAACCAAGAUUGCCAUUGUUCACGUUGCUGUUGCCUGGUGUCCAUAACUACUCCCUACCAUGGCCUCGGAACCUUCCAAUGCCGAUAUUCUCGCUCAUGUAGAGCAAUUCUGGGCUGUGAGGAAACCACAAAGUCCGGUUUAUCAGUUCCUACUCGGCGACGUUCAGUUCACCCACGCCUCGAAAGGACUCGUCCGCGCCCGUCUUCUGCUGACCAAGGACCAUGUCAACAGCCACGGAGGCAUUCACGGUUCUGUGUCGGCCACGAUCGUAGACUGGGUGGGCGGCUAUGCCAUCGCGGCAUGGGAUAACAGGACGAAGGUCGGCGUCAGCACUGACAUCCAUAUAUCCUACAUCAGCAGUGCGAAAAUAGGUGACACGAUUGAGAUCGAAGGCAGGGCCGAUAGGGUUGGGGGCACGAUGGCCUAUACGACCUGCACGAUCUGGAAGGUUGUAGAUGACAAGGCAGGACCAGUCGUUGCGACAGGUUCUCAUACCAAGUUUGUCAAGAUAUGAUCAGGAGCAACAACUUUACCCCGUUCAUGGAUCUAUUUGCAUGCAGUAUAUACAACGCAUGCGCCCGCUCUUUGAGCUAUCAUUAUACUCCUCAAGAAUGACGGAAUCGACUGUUUGUAG